UGGAUUACUAAAAUCCGAACGGUUGCGACGUCCGGUCUGGUUCCCCACUCGCCGCACCGCACCGCACCGCACCUCACCUACGCACGGUGGCUACGUUUUCAGAUUUCAAAUAGCUGAAGCGCUCCAAAGGUCGCGCCGGUUAUAUAUAUAACCAAAGAUUUGACAUCUUUUUCCCUCUUUCAUCUGAGUAAUAGGAUUUUGAGAUUUCCGUAGUUUUGACAACCGAAUGUCGACCUCCACCGUAUCCAUCAUGGCGAAACCGACUGCUCGGCGCCGACCCGUGGUUGCCACUGAGAAGAAGACUACCAGAAUCGAGUUGCUCGCCGUCAACGAUGCGGCCGCGCCCCAACCGAGUCCCAAGGGUGCCGCCGGAGGCGACGACUUGGCCGCUGGAAAUGGAAAGGACCUGAGCCACCACUCAAGUCGCGGGGAGAGACCGUCAAGGGACUUGGAGCUGCAGGUGAAAACAUCCCUGGGAAAUGACAACAACAGCGCACCGCUUCGCCACGCUCGCAAGGUGCUCCCUCACAGGCCGGAGCAACAUCGCUGGGUGACUGUUUUCAGAGUCUUCGCCAAGAAUUUCAUCCUACUUGUUGUUCUCGCCGGCUUGGUUCAAGUGAUUCGUAGACUCGCUGAAAAACCCAGGGAUUCCGUCGCCGGGACAGAGACGGGAUUUUCCGAACUCGAGGGACGGAUUGAGGAAGUGGAGGCCUUCAUGAAGACCACCGCCAAGAUGAUCCAGGUACAAGUUGAGGUCGUGGACCGCAAGAUUGAGAACGAAAUCGGAGGGUUGAGGAGGGAAACCAAGAGCGAGUUGAAGAGAUUGGAAACCAAGAGCGAGGGAUUGGAGAGGUCCUUAGGCGAAUUGAAAGAAGUAGAAUGGUUAUCGGAGGAAUUUGAUAGGAUAUAUGAGGAUUUGAAAAAUUCUAGGAGGAAAGAACGUGGAGAUGGACGUGGGAAUUUGGACGAGAUUAGAGCGUACGCGAGGGAGAUGAUUGAGAGGGAGAUAGAGAAGCACGCGGCAGAUGGACUCGGCCGUGUAGAUUACGCCCUGGCAAGUGCCGGGGCGAUGGUUGUGAAGCACUCGGCGGCGUAUUCGGUGGGAAAGACGAGUAACUGGUUCUCGUUGGGGGGCAGAAAUGCGGUUCAUGCUGAUAAGAUGUUGAGACCCAGUUUGGGCGAGCCCGGCCAGUGUUUUGCGUUGAGCUCGGGCAGUGGGUUUGUACAGAUUAGGCUGCGCACGGCUAUUGUCCCUGAGGCUGUUACUUUGGAGCAUGUUGCUAAGAGUGUUGCAUAUGACAGAUUCAGUGCUCCCAAGGACUGCAGGGUCUCUGGAUGGCUGCAAGGGCAGAACCCAGUUGAGUCGGUUGAUACUGAGAAGAUGUUUCUUUUAGCAGAGUUUACUUAUGACCUUGAGAAGAGCAAUGCUCAAACCUUCAAUGUGUUGAACUCAGAAAGCUCUGGCAUUGUCGACACAGUCAGGCUGGACUUCACAUCCAACCAUGGAAGCCCUUCCCAUACUUGCAUUUACCGCUUCCGAGUGCAUGGUCGGGAGCCCGACUCUCUUUCUACGAAGGCAAUGUAGUCUUGAUGCAGCUACAGAUUUCAGCAUCCAUGUGGCUCUUUUUGUAAUUGUUGUUUCUACUUCCCAUAUUCUUUACUUAGAUUUAGUGUUGAAACUUCUAACUUUCUAGUUGCUAGAUAUAAAUUUCUGCUUAGUGAAAAAAAAAAGGUAGAUAUGGACCUUAAUUAUCUGUGUUUAGAGUUCACUAUUUCCUCAUCCUAGUGUUCAUCAAGUAGAUGUGUAUCUUAUUGUAUGAUUGGUGAAUCCUUAUGAAGGAGCUUAAAUUGAGUUUAAA